CUCUCCAGUCGUAAAAAAAAAUCCCUGCUGAUCCACAAUCCACAUGCGAGUGACUGGCUGCCUUGCAUUUGACAAAACAACCACAAAACUGCCCUUUGGCAGCACUAGACCGUAAUAUUUUACGCAUUUGAGCACGUCUGGCAGUGAAAACAGAAGCCUCACCUCACAGUGUCACAUCGGAGAAAUCGAAGCAGCAUACGAGAUGUCUUUGAGUGAAGUGAUGCUGAAAACACUAAUUCCGAGUAACUUUUUAGACUCCGACGACGAGGAGAUAAAGUCGUUAACUUGCCCUCCAGAAAAUGAUGAUUUUCCGAAAAACCAGUUCACCAACUACAACAUGUUCAAUGACUACUUUGGACUUAGUGAUUUGGUGCAAAAAGUUGGGCUCCCUAACACGGACUUCGACUACUUGGCCAACCAUUCUUACGGUGUUGGGAAAGUGCAGUCACGACGUGACCGAUUUGACAGCAUUGAUUCUGAGAAUUCGUCUUCAGGGAGCUGUGAUUCUUUCACUGAUCAUGGAAUGACGUUUGGUGAAGGCUCAUUUCAACCGUUUAGUACGUCGUCUAUUUUGCACAAUGCUGGAAAACGGAGAGAAAACGUGUUGCCUCCAAGCCGUCGUUUGAAGCCGACCACAAGGAGCACUGCUCCUGGUGCAAACCGCCAAGUGUGCGUUUUCUGCAGAAACAACGGUGAAAGCGAAGACGUCUAUGCAUCUCAUGUAUUGAAAAGUGUCGAUGGAAAGACAACGUGCCCGAUUCUUAGAGCUUAUACCUGCCCCAUUUGCAAAGCAAGCGGAGAUGACUCACACACGAUUAAAUAUUGUCCUCAAAAUCAGCAGACACAGGGAAAUGGCCAGCAGCAGCUUCCUCCACCACCACCGAAAGGGCCAACCAACACCAAGACGACGCGUGGGAUUUUGCCGCCAAAAAGACGCUAAAUAAACCCCGAAGAACAUAAAUAUGAAUUAGGAAUACCUUAUCACAGGGUAAUGUAAAGAGUUUGUAGCAAAUUUAUAGUUUAUAUUCCAGUUUUUUGGCUUUACGAACAAAUGGUUGUUGUGUUAUUUGUUUACCGCCACGAGAUCGUUUUACUGUCGAGUGAGUUUGUCCUCUACUCGAUCGCGGUAUUAAUUUAUUAGUAGGUAUAUUUUUUACUAUGUAUGACGACCACAUAUGGGUUGUAGAAGAUAUAUAACUAUCAGUUUUAUUCACGUUUAGUUAUUUUGAUCGCUGCGUUUUAAAAUCGUUAAAAUUUUUCGACUACUGUCCCUUUCACUUUUUACCUCAUGUUUAACGAAAGUAAAAGCUUUUCGAUUUCAGCUCUAAAAUAUUAUUAUUAUUAUUAUUACUUAAAUUCAUAAAUGGGAUAUACCUCGUUUUUCAUACGUACUACGAUAUAGAAAUCAAUUUCCAACAAAUAACCUUAAAAUACUGUAUUCAGACGAUCUUUCGCGUGACAACAGCGUUUAGGUUUUUCAAAAAAAUAUGAAUUGAAUCUUGUGCUCCUUAUAUAGAGUAUUAAUUUAUCAAAUAUGUACCAUUGUAAAAUUUUGGAAUUAUAGCUAAUAUUCAGACGAUAUUGAAUUUUCACCCCUUAAAGUGUAAAGUAUUUUAAAUAUCAAAAUGUUGAUUGCGAAUUUUCGCCCAAAAUGACAAAAAAUGAUUUUAAGAAUGUUUUAAGCCCUGCUCUUAAGUUCAGGGUAAUUCUUUUCAAAAACGUUUGUAAAAAAGAAAUGAAGUAAUAGAUUGAAAUAUAUACUACUUUGAAAGUAGUUCACUGGACAGAUCUAGUAGAAUAAAGAUUUUUUUCAAUGAAAUUUAUUAUUAAUCUUCAAGCAGCAGUUGCUGUUAAGUUUCAAAUUAUAAAGUUAAGGUUUAAUAUUUCUAAGAGUUUUUAAUAUUAUUAACUGAUUAUAUUUCCUUCUGUAUUCCAAGUAAGGAGUUUCAAAAGCAUGUAAAAGCUUUAUUUAUAUAUAAUUGCAAAUAAGAAGCAAACAAUUUGUACGGUUUUAUCGUAAAAUGGAAGGAAUUAAAGCAUGGUUUGACAUUUCUA